AACUGGAACUUAGCGGUCGGUUAGCAACCACAUCAACAGCAGGAUGCUCGUCCAGCUGUUACAGUAAAACUCACUUUGCGGUUUAUUCACGCGUCUCUGCAAACCGCACCGCCAUGCGUGGCACGCAGGAGCGCGUGCACACAGAGAGAGCAUGCCCCCCGCUGCCGCAGAGCUAACAGGCUAACAGGCUAGCUGUCAGAAUGAGGCUUUGCUGAACUUGAUCGACACCUGGACUUAGUGACACCAACAGUCAGACAACAUGGACUCACUGCUGGACUUUGAGGAGUGUGUCAUCGACUCACCUGCGUUCAGACUGAACCUGGAUCAGUUUGAGAAGGAAGUUUCUCUGUUGGAGACAAACGUGGACAUGGUGAUGAAGCUGUGCGGCAGGAUGGUGGAGGCGGGACAAGCGUACAGCUCAGCCAACCAGCUGUUCCUGAGCAGCCUGGCCGAGCUCUCCAUUUGCCAGAAGAAGGAAAACGUCAUCACAAACUGCCUGAACCAGUUUAACCAGGGUCUGCAGGAGAUGGUCGGCUUCCACACUAUGUUGUUUGAUCAGACUCAAAGAGCCAUUAGCCAACAGCUGACCAACCUCUGCACACAGUUCCUCCCCCAGCUGGCAGACACCAGGCGGCAGUUUGUUCGGAUCAGUGAGGAUCUGGAGACAGCAGCAGUGAAGAGCGCUCAGGUGUCUCGCCACAAGGCCGGCGAGGCAGAGAGGGCCAGUCACCUGCUGCUCGCCACGCGCAAAUGCUACCAGCACUUCGCCCUGGACUACUGUCUGCAGCUCAACACUUUCAAAACUCAGCAGAGGGCGGACAUCCUAAACUCUGUCUUCUCCUUCAUUCAGGCUCAGUUCACUUUCUUCCACCAAGGCUUCGACCUAAUCAGAGACCUGGAUCCCACCAUGAAGACCAUGGCAGCACAGUUGUCCAAGCUGUCCACAGAGUGUGCGGUUAAAAGAAAAGACCUGGAGAACAACCACCUGCUGGUGCAGCAGAGAGAUGCCUCGGGCGAGCCGAUGGUCAGCCCGUGUCCUGGCAGUGAUGACAUCAUCCAGGGUUAUCUGUUCAAGCGUUCCAGGAGGAAAUCCAAAACCUGGAAGAGAUGCUGGUUUUCCAUCAGAGACAAUCAACUUAUUUACAGGAAGUCGCACAAGGACGAAGCCCUGGUUCUGUUUGAGGACCUCAGACUCUGCGCCAUCAAAUCCCUGGAUCACAUCGAUCGACGGUUCUGCUUCGAGCUGCUCUCCGUCCAGAAGUGCUGUGCUCUGCAGGCCGACUCGGAGCAGCUGAAGCAGGCCUGGCUGGACGCUCUGCAGGGCAGCAUCGACCUCGCCUACAGGGAGAGGGCCGGAGCUCCACUCACUCAGCCUAAACAGCCCCCCUCUCUCCUGUGUGGUGGGAGUGACCCUCCGGGCCCCCCCGCUCAGAAGCUGGCUGCCCUGGGCGUGGCCCUGAGGGGCCCCGGGAACCGGCGGUGCUGUGACUGCGGCCAGGAAGAGCCUCGCUGGGCCUCCAUCAACCUGGGGGUCACCAUGUGCAUCGAGUGCUCCGGCAUACACAGGAGCCUGGGUGUUCACCUGUCCAAGGUCCGAUCCCUCACCCUGGACUCAUGGGAGGCUGAACAGCUGAAGCUCGUGUGUGUUUUGGGAAACGAUGUCAUGAACCAGAUCUACGAGGCUCGAUGUUCAGAAGAGGGAGGAGUCAAACCCUCCGCCCACAGCUCGCGAGCCGAGAAGGAGAUGUGGAUCAAAGAGAAAUAUGUGGAGAAGAGAUUCGUGCAGAACAGCUGUUCAGACUCAGAUCAGCGUCACAGGGUCGAUGCCGGGCGGCGUCUGUACCAGGCGGCGUUGGACGGAGACCUGGUUGCUCUGGCAGUGGCGCUGGCUGAGGGGGCGGAGGUCAACGGCAGCAUCGCCGAGCAGGAGGGGCGCACGGGGCUGAUCGGAGCUGCUGUCGGGGGGUCACUGUUGGCCUGUGAGUUCCUGCUGCUUAACGGAGCUAACGUCAACUACCGAGACCUGAGAGGACACGGAGCGCUACACGCUGCUGCCACUGCUGGACACACUGGGCAGGUGUGUCUGCUGUUGAAGAGAGGAGCCAAUCAGUACGCUGUGGAUGAGAGAGGACAGGACCCAUUGGCCAUCGCAGUGGAGACAGCCCACGCUGACAUUGUCACGCUGCUGCGGAUGGCCCGGAUGAAUGAGGAGAUGAGGGACUCAGAAGGAGUCUUUGGAUCUGUUGGGGACGACCAGACGUUUCGGGACAUCUUCCGAGACUUCAGCGACAUGGCCUCUCACGACCCGGAGAAACUCAGCCGGCGGCGGUUCAGCAGGGGAGGAGGGGAGAAUGAGGAGGAGGAAGAGGAGAGAGGAAGAACAGGUGGAACAGGAAAACCUGUGAACAGGAAAGUCUGUGAUGAAGAGACGUCGGAGUGACAGGUCUGCAGACCUCCUCCCAGUCGAGUCCCCAGAACCUCAUUUCAACAUUAACAAAAGUUUACAGAUUUCUACACAUGAACCUAGAAUCACGAUAUAAUCACGUAUUUAUUCUAAUAACUGUUUAACGUAAUUUACUUCAUGUUGAUUUACUAUGUGUGAGCAGUGUUAAAGACGGGGGGGGGGGGGCGUUCACUGCAGCUGAUCAUUCAAUUCAUCAUCAAUUCAUCUGGCAAAGAUAUUCACAGUUAUAUUUGAAAGUGUUUUGUCCGACAGUUAAUAUUCAGGUAUUAUUAAUUCAUUAUCAUAAAACUACAGCUGCAAAGUAUGAAUCAUGAUUGAGCUCAUCAUCCUCACUGGUUUUUAUUCAUGUCCUUUCAUACCUGUCAGGAAACAGGGAAGUUACAUUACACAAGUUACUUUCUGGGUAAUAAGUUACAUUCUGUGCUUUCUAAACUUAGUUUGGUUGAAAUUGAUCCAUUAUCUGCAGAAACUGUUGAAAUCACCUGAUCUGCAGUUGAUUGAAUCUCUUUGAUCUCAGCCCGAGCAGGAGCAGUUGUGCUAGUGUUGAAGUUGGCUUGUGUCUGGACGGAGCUGUGAUUGGUCACAGCGUCUCUGACAGACAUCUCUGGCUCCUCCCACACUGACCUGGUUGAACUGUCAUCCCUGUUGCCAUGGUUACACACCCUGAAUCAGAGACUUGUGUAAACUGGUCAGAAACUGAGACGCCCGCGUUCUGAUUGGUUCUCAUCAGUCACAUGACUCGGAUGACAGCGGUGAACACACAGCGUCGCUAACAUUUCCUGUCAGUUACACAUCAGUUACGCUUCCUGUCAGUGAUGCUUCCUGUCAGUGACUCUUUCUGUCAGUAACGCUUCCUGUCAGUAACACUUCCUGUCAGUAGCACUUCCUGUCAGUAGCACUUCCUGUCAGUGACUCUUCAUCAUCACUGUUCCUCCUUCAGAGGAGUUUCUGUCACGAAGCAACCAGCUGCAGAGGAGACGAUCUACUUCCUGUUUACAUCACAUGACCAGUGUACAGUCAUGUGACGUGUGAUACCAGGUGGUAGUGUCAGUGUGGGCGGGGCCUCUGAGUUAGUUAUUUCAGGUGUGAGGGAAGUAUUUUAUUUGAACAGAAGUGAGCCGUGUUGUGGGGGUUAAAAGGUCAAAGGUAAAGAUCAGUGUCACAAACUCAUGGACUUAAGAUACGAGUUAUGAAUUUAACACAAACUGGAGAAAAUUAUGGUUUUCUAACCAGAAGGUCAAAGGUCAACUUCACUGACAAAGGGACAAAUUAACACUAGGAUCUUUUAGUUUCAUGUUAAUCAAACACUGACCUCACUCUCGUUUUUCUUCGAUUUAUUUAAGAAAACAAAGUAAUUUGUCCAUAUUCAAACUUUCCUGUGAGUCCUGGUGACCAGCGUCCCACAGCUGGAGGGACAGGUCUCUGUGCUGGUUCCUGGUCCUGAGAGGAUGAAUCCCAGUUGUCUUCUCCCUCUGUGGUGGAGUGGUGAAAACAACGGGAUCGAUUGUGGUUCAGACGUUCAUGGUCCUCGGAGGAUGAACUAAUAACUGUGGUGAUCCCCUGAGGGUUUGUCUGGCGCCACCAUCUGGUCAACUACUUUGAUUUCUAUUGAUAUGAGAUCUGUUGGUGGUUUCCUGUGUCCCUGAUUGGCUGACGGUUUUCUGAGUGACAGACGUCCAGACCAACCACAGCUCAGGGGCUGUAGCUGCUCCUGUAACUCUGUAAAACUCGACCACAGCGAAUCAGUAGUAGAAAUAAAAAGCUUGGCUGAAGUCCGGUGACAUCACAGAGACGUCUCUGAAGACGAGCGUCUCUCUGUGGACAAAGUGUCUUUAAACGGAACCUGUUUCCCAUUAAAACACAACGUUCCACAGUGACGCACCUUUAAUGGUUUUAAUUUGAACCAGUUCAAACCUUUUAACACUUGAGCACAUUUUCCACGUCGCAUUGUUUUAUUAUUGUUUGAUGUUUACUGUGUGGUUCUCUAACCUGUGUUCAGGAGAGAGAGUGUGAGUUGUGUUUCUGAGGUUCUGAACAGAACCCACCUCCACCACACAUCCACCAGAACCAUGUGACUUGAGUUCAGACUGACCCAGGACCAGUGGAACUCAGAUAAAAAUAUUUCACUGUUACUAACGUGAUGCUGUUAAAUAAAAACUAUUAAUACAA